AUGGGUGAGGAAGCUGACACAACUCAGGCGUUGAGACGCCUUAUAGUUUGCCCUGCACCAUUUUCCGCUGAGCUUCCUGAACUCUGGUUUACUCAACUCGAAGGACAAUUUCACCUUCCCGGCAUCGUGGAUGAACUGGACAAAUUCCACCAAAUUCCUGCCGUUCAUCUUGAUACCGUUGCAGCCGAGGUCCAGGAUAUUAUAUUGCAUCCACCAGCUCAGACUCCACACAAGGCGUUAAGAGACGCCCUCGUGGAGAGACUCACCGCUUUCCAGGAAGCCAGACUACACCAGCUCCUGGACAAGGAGGUUCUCGGUGAUCGUAAUCCCUCACAAUUUUUAAGACACUUAAAAUCCCUUGUAGAUAACAUUCCAGAGAAUAUAUUAAAAACAAAAUGGCUUUCACGCUUGCCGCCCAAUACAGAAUCAAUCCUGGCGACGCAAGCAGAUUCUACCCUCGACAAAAUGGCGGCCCUCGCAGACAAAUUACAGGAGAUAUUGUCACCACCAAGUAUCACUGCGAUUUCUCCUGUUGUCGAUCCAGCCGUUCCCGCUCUAGAACAAAGAUUUUCGCGUCUCUAG